AUGGCAGUCCUUUCCAGGCCGAUUCCCGCGCUUUACACCGUCUACAUCCUGCGCUCCACCGUCCGCCACGCCUCCCUCUACAUCGGCUCGACCCCCAAUCCGCCGCGCCGCCUCAAGCAGCACAAUGGUCUCGCGCGCGGCGGCGCUGCCCGCACGUCGCGCAGCAGCCUGCGACCGUGGGAAAUGAUCGCCAUCGUCUCCGGCUUCCCCAGCAUGAUUGCCGCUCUGAAAUUCGAGUGGGCGCUGACGAACCCGCACCUCUCACUGCACAUCCCGAGCGAGUCGCGCAUCUCGCGCGCCGCGGGCGUCAAGAAGAAUGGACACCCCAAGCGUCCGCGGCCCGGCAUCACGUCCAUCAUGUCGAACCUGCACCUGCUGCUGCGCGUGCCGAGCUUCGAGCGGUGGCCGUUGAAGCUGCACUUUUUCGUCAAGACGGCGCACAAGGCGUGGAAUGACAGCUGUGCCGCUGCUGAGAAGCCGGUCAGGAAGGGCCUUCAGAUCCUGACGGACUUUGGGCCUGGCGGAACCAUGGCGACGGACGCCGAGGCGGCUGGCGAAGCUGGAGAGUCGUCGACGGCAGCUCCCGGCACAGAAGAGAACUGGGGCGUCCAUGCGCUGCCUCUCGACCACGCGCCGAUGAAGGAUUUCGUCGAAAAGGGACGGUCCAUUGUCACGUUUGAGAGGGAGGGCGCGUGUGUCGUUUGCAAAGAACCAUUGGAGCAUGGCAGGGGAUUACACGUCAUUUGCUCGAACGGCAGCUGCGAGGGCGCGGGACACUUGUCCUGCUGGAGCCGCCAUCUUCUGGCCCAGGAGAGCAGCGAGGAAGCUGUUUUGCCCGUGGCGGGGCCGUGCCCGUGCUGCAGGAGUGAGGUCCGGUGGGAUGACUUGAUGAGGGAACUGUCGCUGCGAGUCAGGGGCGAGGGCGAGGUGGACAAGCUUCUGAAGGUCAAGAAGAAGCGUCAAGCGAAGACAUGA